AUGCAUCUCACCUCAAGCCUGAUCACCGCCGCUGCUCUCACAGCAAGCGUCCAAAGCACACCACUGCAGGAACGGCAAAGCUGUCCAGGCGUCCACAUCUCCGGCGCCCGCGAGACAACAGCUCCAGCAGGCUAUGGCUCAGCCGGUACCUUCGUCAACCUGAUCCUCAACGCCUACCCAGGCUCGACCGCCGAAGCCAUCACCUAUCCAGCUCAAGGUGACAGCGCAUAUGGUUCGUCCGUCCAAACUGGCACGAAGAAUAUUGCGAACCAGAUCAAUGCUUUCAACCAAAAGUGUCCUAGCUCGAAGCUUGUUGUUGUCGUGUACUCGCAGGGUGCUCAGAUUGGCGACAAUGCGCUGUGCGGAGGUGGUGACCCGAAUCAGGGUAUCACCUAUACGAACACGCUGAUCAGCUCGACGGCUGCUAGUGCGAUUAAGGCUGUGAUUUGGGCCAGCAAUCCGAGGAACUCGCCGGCCGAGACGUUCCACUACGGGACCUGUAGUGCGGGCGGUUUUGAUGCUCGCCUUAGUGGCUUCACUUGUCCGACAUACCAGUCUCGUAUUCGUUCAUACUGUUAUGCUCCAGAUCCCUACUGUUGCAAUGGUAGCAAUGCCGCCACGCACCAAGGCUACGGUAGCGAGUAUGGCCAGAAUGCCUUGGCUUUCGUGAAGAGCAAGCUGGGAUGA